GCCGCCCCUCCCCGGCGCGCCGCCCCUCCCCCCCCCCCCCCACCGGCGCCGGGGGGCGGCGAUGGCGGCGGCGGCGGCGGCGGCGGCGGCCCGGGAGCGGCGGCGGGAGCAGCUGCGGCGCUGGGAGGCGGCGGCGGCGGCGGCCCCGCCCCCCCCCGCCGCGCCCCCCGCCCCCCGCGCGCGCGCCGUCCGCUUCGAGCGCGCGGCCGAGUUCCGGGCCGUCUGCGCAGGCGCCGACCUGGCGGAGGCGCGCGCCAUGGUGCGCGCGGGGGGGGCGCGCGCUGCUGGGCGGGGCCAACGCCGACGGCAUCAGCGCGCUGCACCAGGCGUGCAUCGACGAGAACAUGGAGGUGGUGCAGUUCCUGGUGGAGAGCGGCGCCGACGUCAACCAGGCCGACAACGAGGGCUGGACCCCCCUGCACGUGGCGGCCUCCUGCGGCUACCGGCACAUCGCCCAGUACCUGCUGGAGCACGGGGCGGACGUGGCGGCGGUGACGAGCGACGGGGAGCUGCCGCUGGAGGUGGCCGAGGACGAGGGGCUGGAGGCGCUGCUGCGGGCCGAGGGGUGGACGUGGCGGCGGCCAAGCGGGCGGAGGAGGAGCGGAUGCUGCGGGACACGCGGCGCUGGCUGGACGCGGGGGAGAUCCGCGACGCCCGGCACCCGGCCACCGGCGCCAGCGCCCUGCACGUCGCCGCCGCCAAGGGCUACAUCGAGGUCAUGAGGCUGCUGCUGCAGGCCGGGUACGACCCCGACGUGCGGGACAAGGACGGGUGGACGCCGCUGCACGCCGCCGCGCACUGGGGGGUGGAGGAGGCCUGUCGGCUGCUGGCCGAGCACCUCUGCGACAUGGCCCCCCGCAACAACGUGGUGAGGGGCCAGGGGCGUCCCGGGGGGCGUCCUC